ACCUUUAUCUGUGAGCCAGGCUGUCCCCCAGCACAGGCCUCUGAGGGCCGGGACGUGCUCAGAAACCGCGGCCAGGGUUCCCCCAAGCCGGGCCGGUCUGCACCCAGCCAGCUCAGGUGACCAGGAGGGCGCCGGGCACACCUGGCGCCGUCCCCUGACCCCGCCCCGGGCCCGGCCGCACCCCGGAACGCUCUCCGGGGGAGCCAGCUUGGCGGAGCAAGGCCAUGGCCGCGGCGCCAGCGGUGGGCGCCCCGCAGGGGCCCCCGCCCGGUGUACCGUCCCCGCCGGCCGCCGCGCCAGGGCCUGCGUCCGGCCUGGGCCGCUGCCGGAUGGCGCUGCUGCUGGCCGUGGCGCUGGACGUGGCGGGCAUGGCGGCGCUGCUGACCGGCGUGUUCGCGCAGCUGCAGGUGCGCGGCCGCGACUUCGGCGACCUGCUCAUCUACUCGGGAGCGCUGCUCGUCUUCCUGAGCCUGCUCGGCUGGAUCCUCUGGUACACCGGCAACAUCGAGAUCUCGCGCCAGGAGCUGGAGCGCGACUACGGCCUGCGGCCCUCGGCUCUCGCCCGCCUCGCGCGCAAGCUCUCCCGCCGUUGGUCCGCCCCGGCCUCCUCCUCCGGCCCGCGCGCCGCGCCCGGCUCCCGGGGAGCGCGCCGUGCCGCCCGCACGCCCCCGCCGCCCGCCGCCAGCUCCCGCCGCGUGCGCCUGCAGCUCGCCACGCUCGAGGCCGGGCCCGGGGCGGCGGGCGCCGGCACCGAGUGAGGCCGAGACGAACCCAUGGCCCCACCUGUUGGCACUGGACCAGGAUGUGCAGCUGUGCCCAAAAUCAUUUGGCCACCAGGAUGCCUAUCUGUCCUCCCCCAUUGCCUCCCCCCCCCCCCCCCCAUAAAUGGCUCUGCCUCCUAACACUGUGUGUCUGUCUGGGAGAGGGACAGCCCUGGGGCCGGGCCACACCCCCAGAGGAGCUGCCCAUGCCCUUGGGGACCUUGUAGCCAGCUUCACACCGACCCCCCACAGAGGGCGAUGGGAGAGUGGGGCCAGGAUCUUGAGCACAGAUGCCCCCUCCCUCAGUCCACACCUCCCUCAGCCCAGGCCCCUCUGGUGGUUUGGGAGGUCCUCCGAGAAGCACGCAGAGGGACAAAUUAGACUUGCAAAAUAUCUAUUGGGAGGAAGCAUGUAUGGAGGGUAGUUGGUGACACCUGAGAUUGGGGGGAGGGCUGGUCAGGAUGAGUCUUCAACUGUCUGCACUUCCUCGAAAAUGUCUGUCUGGCCUGUGGAGAGUCUGAGAGUAAAGUUGUCCACUGGAGACAGCCCGGGUCCAGCAGGGGCCCCUCCCAUGCUCAGGCACUGAUGGGAAGCCAGGCACAUGCUUGGGGACAGGAUCCCAAGGGUAGGCAGCAGGCAGAGGCUGACAGUCCGUGAUGCUCCCGCAGGAGAGCUGAGGACCACAUUUUCAUGGCGGCAGGAUACCACCCCAGCCCAGUUCGGGCACCCCUCAGCCCUGCAGCCUCAGCC